UCUAUAAAUCGCGACACAGCCUCUCUGUGUUGCCCUCAAGAUCCGUUCUCCCCAAUCAUCCAAGAGACUGUUCCAUUCUAAGCCAAAUUACUACGACUUCCCUCACUUGUCCAAACCUACAAGAGAAACAACCACAACAAUGAAGACAACCCAGCUCAUCUCAUCCCUCCUCCUUUCCCUCGUCCCCACCCUCACCCUCGCCGAUGGUGUUCCCUCGGGCGCCAAGCUCUGCGUAGGCCAAGGUGCCGGCAGCUGCCAGUUCGCUGCAUACCAGCUCCAACCUACCGACACGUGCGAAGACCUUCAAAAGAACGCCGCCUAUAUCUACGACCACGAAUGCAACCUCAUCGGCCACACGGAGAACUUCGCGGAAGGAGACGCCAUUGACUCGCAGCUGCCGUAUACUGUCGAUGUCAAGAACAUUGUCGGCGGUCCCUCGUGUGCGAUCAAGUACGAGAUUGCCUACAGUGAUGGGUUGUACGGAUAUGGAAUGCCCUCUGGUGGUGUUUGGGGCAGCUGUUCUGUGAGUGGCCACCAGUGCAACUGGUACCGGGUGGCGUUUGAUUGCCCUGGAUUCUAGAGAAAUUUGGGUUUGAUCUCUUGGGGUGGGAUAAUCAGCCUGCCUACGACUCUGGAAUGUAUAAUUUCCUUGUUUACUUUGUAUAUAAUGUCCAUGCAAUACCAGGAG